UUCCGGUGGGGUGAGGCUGAGACACGGAGGUCCUCGUCGGCCAGCUCCCUCACUCGCCGUCACUCAAGAACGAGCACAGGCCAGGAGAGAGAACGUUCAGCUGCUCUUCGUUAUUAGUGUUCAUAAGGUAGGGUUGCGAGGGGCAAGGGCGAGCGACAGGAAGUUGAGACUGAAAGGAUCAGCUAACGACUCGGUAACUAAGAAAAAAACAAGAGAGAACAAGGAAAGGGAAGUGCGAUCGACGAUGGCGGCGGCGCGGUCGGAGGCGUCGGGCAAGCUGCCGGCGCUGACGCGGCAGCUGCGCUACACGGGCCUGUUCACCUCGCAGAUGGCGCCCACGUCGCGCGCCUACUGCAUCCUGCUGAGCUUCUUCGUGGGCGUGCUCAUGCUCACCGCCGGCUCCGUGUUCUACCACGUGAUCCUGAUCCGCCCCAUGAGCGGCAGCCACCCCAUGCACAUCCUCGGCUCCUUCUUCGUCGCCUGGAGGUACGGUUUUGACGACGGCGACGACAGCCUCGAGGACGAUCUCUACUCCUUGGCCAAAGAUGACGUCCUUGAACAGACCCACGAGCAGACACCAGAAAAAUCAGCAUCAACAGUGUCAGCAACACCAUAAGAAUCCGCAUCAGCAGUGUCAGUGUCGCACCAUCAUAGCCAGCAUCAGCAGCAAUACUGUGAACAGCAUCCUCGUCAGAAAGAUGAUCAGCAACAGUCUUCUCAGCAACAGCAGCAGAAGAAGACUGAGCAACAGAAGACUGAGCAACAGAAGACUGAGCAACAGAGGACU